GGCGGAAAUGGAUCAGCUGAGAGGCGUCACCCAGCGAGACGCCAAUACCACAGCAAUGGGACCCUUAGGGACUGAAACGUGGCUCUCCGUUCUCUUUCCACGAAUGAAAUGUGGACGCGUGUCGAGCACUUCUGAGAGGUUUAUAAGGGUUUUAGGUUUGGCCAAAGGAUUCGGAGCGCGAAUUGGAUCAGCGGCAGAGAUGAGCGUGAUGAAGUUCUGCGGCGAAUGCAACAAUGUUCUGUAUCCGAAGGAGGACAGGGAGCAAAGGAUCCUCCUCUUCGCCUGCCGGAACUGCGAUCACCAGGAGGUUGCCGAUGACUGUGUCGCCUAUAGAAUGGAGAUAAAUCAUUCUGUUGGUGAACGCUCUCAAGUGCUACAGGAUGUAGCAGCUGAUCCAGCUCUCCCUCGCACAAGGAAUGUCAGAUGCGCAAAUUGCCAUCACCCAGAAGCUGUAUUCUUUCAGAUGUAUCAUGGCUUCAGUAUACAACUUUUGGACUUUUUUCAUGAACAUGUUUGGUUGGUCUCGCAUGUUGUCAUUAAACAGUUGCUUCAGCCGUGAUUAUGGUUAGACAUGGAGAUGUAAACAAGGCUGCCACAAUAGCACCAUCAAAGGCGGAGGUGGGCAUGGCACUGUUCUUCAUUUGCUGCAACCCAAACUGCGGGCAUAGGUGGAGAGAUUGAUGAGGUCGAAACCAACCUGCCGUUACUGCUUGUGCUAACUCAACCCCAGAUUGGAUAAUUGGAUCAAAUUUGCUAUCCUAUUCUGGUUUGCAUAUGAGGUUUUCUUCUGAACAUACAUCUACUAGGACAUAGAAACUUGGAUGGUUUUACUACUGCUCAAAGAGUAUAUAUGCAGAACCAGCAUCUGUAGCUGUCUACAUUCUCUUAUCUUGCAUGGGAUGGCCUUUCUGUGCUCUUAGUUUUACCAGGUUGGAUUCACCUUGGAUCCGAACUUUUUGGAUUUGGGUUCGGAUUCGUGAUUGUUGUAGCUUAUCGGAUCAAAAAUCGAGGAUCCGAGAUGGACUUUUGGAUUAUCGAGCUCCAUUUUUUUGAAUCAUAGCCAACUCCAUUACUCAACUUAAAAUGUUUUUUUUUCUCAUCCUAAUGUGUAUUUAUUGAUGUUCUAUGUACGUUUGGUAUUAGGAAUGAAGAAGUAUUUUAUUGCACCAUAA